UGGCUAGUUGAAGUUGAAAAUUGAGAAAUAACACAUAAAAGUGUUCGGGAAGAAAAGAAGCCUUGCGCUCUCAUUAUUUUGAUUUUUGAUUGAUACCAAAGUAAAAAUAUAGAAAACCGUUUCAAUUUUGGGUCUGCAUUAACAUAACUCUUAAUAAAAAAUCUUAUUGGUUUGUAGAGUUUUGUUUUUAUUUUGUGUUGUUUUGUGAUAAUUUCAAUUAAAUUGAAUAAAACAACAAAAACAAAAGAAAAACAUGAAGAAUCCAAAGACUAGAGUGAAAAGAGAGGAAGUGCAAUGUACCGUUUGCUUGGCUCAGUAGAGUAUCGGCAACAAAUUACAGAAAACAUUUCGCUUAUUUUUCAACUAAUAAGCUAUUAUGGAGAAGGGGUGUGCAUCAAAGUCAUUUAUACGGAAAGGAUAACGUCAAUAAUUAUUCGUGGAUCUGAUGAGCUUCCCAUUUUUUGUUUUUUCUUUUUUUCCUGUUACUACCUGUACCAUGAAAAUAAAAUACUUUUUUCUUUGUUAAGUGAACCAAAAGUGAACUUGGACAGCAAAAGUUUGUUGGUGUUUUCUAAUCCUGAUCUGAUUCUGAAUUAUGGACAGAAAUGUUGUUAAUUAAAGAAGCGCAAUGUAAACGUAUCUAUAACAUUAGCAACUUCCAAGCGACGAAAUUGAUGAAUUGUAGAUCAUGAUCAUCCUGCCGUGAAUGGUACUGUGAUAUAUCAGCCUUUCUUUUAUACUAAAAUAAUAAAACAAAAACAGCAACAACAACAACAGAAAGUAAAUGUAACAGUAAAAUAAAUUUAAAACAAAAAUUAACAAGAAACAGAAUCAAAUUCUUCGUAAAUAUUGUUGGAAUAUGGGGGCAACAAUGGGGAAAAGUGGUGGAAAUUUAUUGGAUUCGCUACCAACACAGGGAACUCUGCACGUAGUCAUGCUUGGUUUGGAUUCAGCAGGAAAAACAACAGCUUUAUAUAGACUUAAAUUUGAUCAGUAUUUAAAUACAGUACCAACCAUUGGAUUUAAUUGUGAGAAGAUCCAGGGAACUGUUGGAAAAGCGAAAGGAGUUCAUUUUUUAGUGUGGGAUGUUGGGGGACAGGAAAAACUUCGACCGCUUUGGCGUAGUUAUACAAGAUGUACAGAUGGAAUUCUUUUCGUUGUGGACUCAGUUGAUGUAGAACGAAUGGAAGAGGCUAAAAUGGAACUAAUGCGUACAGCAAAAUGUCCUGAUAAUCAAGGGGUCCCAGUAUUGAUUCUAGCUAAUAAACAGGACUUACCCGGAGCAAGGGAUCCCAAAGAAUUGGAGAAAUUUCUUGGAUUACAUGAACUUUCACCACUCUAUCCAAGUUUAAAUUUAACCUCAUUAAGUUCUAGUUCAUCAUCAAAUGCAACUAACAAUUCGGCAACAACGCCCAAUUCUGGCCAAAUGCCUUGUAUAACACCAACUUCCCAACAUUAUCAUAAUCAUCAACAACACCAUAAAUCAAUUAGUCAACAAAUCUCAACAUCAACAUCCUCGGCGCUGUCGUCGGCAUCGACAACAGCGAAUAUAACAACCAAAGCCGCAAAUUGUGAUAUUUCCUAUCAUCACCAUAAUCAAACAUCUAUAACAAUCAAUCAACAGCAACAGCAAACACCAACAAUUAAAACUUCUGGCAUUGGUUCACAGCAACACCAUCAACAACACUUCAAAGGUUGGUACAUUCAGCCAGCAUGUGCAAUAACUGGUGAAGGCCUUCAAGAAGGCCUUGAAGCUCUUUACGAUAUGAUUGUUAAAAAACGUAAAAUGACCAAAGCCAAUAAAAAAAAACGGUAAUACGAUUUUGUGACGGAAAAAUAAGGAUCUAGUAUAUCUAUAUUUAUAUAUAUAGUUUUUUUGUUAUGUAGAUAUUUUCAAAAUAACUGAUAUUUUAAUACAAAGAUUAAUAUAAUUAUGUAUAAUUGUGUGUAAUAUUUUACAUUUUUAUUUUAUUUGUUACGCAAUGGAGGGCACAAAUUUAUUAAUUUUAUUUAUUCACAAUUAGUCUCAUAAUCUAUGGCUACAUAUUUUUUCAUAUUUCUAAUCAAACACAAUGUUAAUUCAGAAUUAAGAGAUGUUGAAGCUUUGCGUUUCUGAGUAGGUAUUCUGAUCUUUCAAGCCUACAUUAUUAUUUAAUAAGAAAAUACUUAAACCAACCGAGUUCCAUCUUGAGCUGCAUCUCAAAUGUCUUUAAUUUUGUAUGAAAGUCGGUCAAUUAGAUUUGUAUGUAGCACUCAAACACACCAUUUUCAGCCAUAAACAAGAAAGACAUGGUUAGACGACAUAUCCUAAGCUUGUAAGUAAGCUUGUUUCGAUAAGUUCGAAAUCACUUUUUUACAUGGAGAUACAAAUUUUAGCAUUCAGAUCCUUACUGUGGUUCUCUGUAACUUAACUUAGAAUGACCGCAAGAUUGUUAGACUUACUCACAAACUUAUCUGCCUUAUAUAUUAUAUACAGUGCAGAUGUCCUUAGAAUUGUGAAUCAAUGCUUACUUUCAAACCUAUUAUUAUUUUAAGAUCAUUAUCUAUCAACAAUAAUGGCUUUUUGUUUAAAUAAAAUAAUUACCUACAAAAUCUGAUUUUAAAUCAUUUGUGCUCAAGUUUAUUUAUUUAUUUGUUAUUGUUUGUUUUGCCAAUGAAUUACAAUUUAUUGAUACAAAAUAUAAUGUAAAACUAGGCUUAAAACAUUUUCAAAAGUAUUUAUAAUAAAUAAUAAUUUAUAAUAGAAAUUAAUAACUUUCUUUUAAAUAAUUCACAUACUAUUAAAAUUGAAAUUGUAAUAUGCCUUAUUUUGUAUGUAAUCAAAGAUAUGUCUAUUGAAAUUUUGUUGAUUUUUUUAUUUUAAUUUUGUUGUUUGUUUUGUUUUCUUUUCUUCUAAGUUUGGAAACGCUGUUGUAUCAAUCACAAAUUGUUUAAUGAUAUAUUUCAGUCGAUAGUAUUAAACUGUGAAUACGAAGUAUUUCGCUAGUUUGUAACUGUAUUUUAUAAACUCAAUUAAAGUUUAAUAUUAAAAUUUUUAUUAUAAAUUGCAAGUGUGUGGAAAUAUAUGCUGCAUUUAGAAUA